AUGUCAGGAGACGAUUCAACUACCAAGGAGGACACUGUUGCCAAAAUUAAAGGGGCUGUCUCUGAUCAAUUUGUCUCUGAUAAUGAAUCUGGUGGGUUGAGAUAUGCUGCUUAUGCCAAUAGAUUGAAAACAAUUUUAUUGGCAUCUCAUAGAUAUGUUGCAUAUACCUCAGACAUAGGAGAGUCGUUUAGACCAGUAGCGCAUCCGUACUUGGUUAGAGCUGGAUAUGCUGUUUCGUGGAUAUAUAUAAUCGGAGACGUUUCGUAUGCUGCUUGGAAAACAAAACUAAAAAGCCAAGGGAGAUAUCAGGUUGGAUUGCAACCUUGGAAUAAAGCUUUAAAGCCAGAUUUAAUUGCUGCUGCGACUUUUAAGGAAACUCAUAGUACUAUUGAUUCCGACUGGAAAUUGGUUGCAUUGAAAAGAGGCAUAUUCCAGAGCAUCGCGUCAAUGGGGUUACCAGCAUUUACUAUACACAGUGCUGUACGCUAUUCUUCUUACUUUUUCAAAAAUACAAAAAUUGCAGCAAUGAGAACUUAUGGCCCAGUUGCAGUUGGAUUGGGGAUUGUUCCAUUAUUGCCGUAUGUGUUUGAUGAACCUGUUGAACAUGUAACAGAUUGGGCUUUUGAAAAAGCAGUUGACCUUUAUCAUAGUAAAAAAGUUGCAUAA